GACGCCGGCAGCAAUCCAACGUGCUACGAUACAGCACAUUGCAUACCGAAGCCACAGGCAAUGCUUGCAAAGCUUGCAUAACUCAUGCAUAGCAUAGCGACAUACCUACGGCACAUACGGAAGGAGCACUUUUCGGUCGAACGCCAGCACGCGUUGCGGCUCUUCACACAGCGUGAUACUGUACAAUAUGUACAUAAUACCGCAUUCAGCGGCAACAAGCUAUUCUUCAAGCCUGCUUUCGCGCCUGCUCCUGUCGGGCUUGCAAUCCUCCAACUCCUGGUUCAUCCGUCUGAACCUGUCAUCCCGCGCUUUAACGCUGCCGCAUAAUCACAUUCGCCGUCAAAAUCUACAUCGUCUUCUCGACUUCCCGCUAUGUCCGCCUGGCCGGCUGUUCAUGAUCCUCCAAGCCUCAUCAA